AUAACCUUCUCACGUCUAUGUCACUUAAGUCGCUUUGCGUCGCCUUGGUCUGCCUUGAUCGCCUUGGUUGCUUUACUCACAAUUUGUCAAUUAUGAGUAUCGCGAAUUGUUUUAGUUCGAAUUCUACAUGUGAUCUCAUCUAUAUUUAGUUUACUUUAAGUUAGUUAAUCGUAGAUUAGCGCCGCAAUAAACACCAGACAAUGAAAUGACUGUCAUCUACCAGAGCAAGAUGUGUGAACCAGAAGCAAUUGAUCAGGUAGAUCGAUUGCCAUCCAGAGACAGGGUCACUGAUUUGGAUAUAGCUGGUUUCGUCAUCUCAAUCGUUAGUCAUCUCGUUGAUCUGGUCUUCGACUUGAACUUGGCCUACAGAUACUAUCACAACAAUGAAAUUCCUUACUUCUGCACAACUUUAGGUUUUAUUCUCAUACCAGCAAUAGUCAAUACUGCUUUCAGUAUACGAAUGUACUACUUAGACCAAGGGAAGGCAAACAGAAGUUUAACUAAUAGAUUAUCGAAGCGAGGAUUCUGCUGUUUACUCAUAUUAGUUUUUCAACUGGCUCCAGUCUUGAGGUACUUUGAUGCUUUACAAUAUGCACUCAAGUCUAGAAAAGCACAAAAGAACAAAAACAUUGAAGAUCAGAGAAAGUACUAUAAGCUUAUGGUGCAAGAAGACUCAGAUGUGGCUUUACUCAGAGUAUUGGAGUGUUUUCUUGAAGCAGCUCCACAACAAAUUUUACAAUUGUCAAUUAUAUUUCAUACUCAUGGACAGGGUAUUAGUAAUACUUUUACUUUUAUACAUCAGUUACUUUCGAUUGGCAGCAGUUUUGUGAGUAUGGCAUGGUCUAUGGCUUCCUACCAAAGAUUACUAAGAGUGUCUUUAACAAAUAAGAAUAACAUUACAUGGGCUGGUACUAUCAUGCAAUUCAUGUGGCACUUUUUAGUUACAGUUUCGCGAAUAAUGUGCAUAAGCGUUGUUGCUUCCAUCUACCCUGAAUACACCGUCCUUGCCUUGUUUAUCCACUGGAUGUUCAUGGUCAUCUGGCUGCUCUACUCCACCCACGACCUAAACUUCUGCAACAACAACCGAAUCUACGACUUCCUCUUUUAUACAAUCUUCGGCACGGUGUACAUCUUCACGCAUGUGAGCCUUAGCGACGGGCGUACAUUUUGGAAGUACGUCUUUUUUUAUCUUACAUUAUGCGUGGAGAAUAUCAUCUGCAUGAUCGUGUGGAUCGUCAAAGCAGACGACACCGUGAAGGAGACGCUUUACUACCUCCCAAUCGUCUAUAUUAACUUCAUCUCGUUUUUUGUUGGCAUACUUUUCAUGAUUAUUUAUUACAAGAUCUUCCAUCCGAGCACUGGCUACGUCAGCCGGCUCACACGUGCUGCACAGCACGCGUUAACCACAUAAAUAACUUGCGAGUAGGUUUUAUUUAGUGCGUGACUGGUUCUGAUUAGUUUCUCUUUAUUUAUUUUCUGCUAGAGCAAUUUUUGAGCAACAUAUGAUUUUAUAUAGACUAAUUAUUUAUGACAUUACUGAUUUACUCCAUACGCUGAUACUUUUCUUGUGAUUCUGAUAAAAUCUCACGUUAGUUAACUUUUAUUAGCCAAUUAAGAUCACAUUAAUAUCUAUUCGCUAGUGUUUUUAAUAGUUUAAAUAUUAGGUGCGUUAACUAGUCAUUUAUUUUUCGUUGGAACAAGUCGAAGCAACGCGAACGCACAAAAUUGUGUACUUAAUAUACUUAAAUAAUUUAGAAGAAGAGUUUUAAAUCGUGUUUAUAGACAUGAUAGUGGCUUGUGAAGUAUAUUUUUGGAUUGUCGAUCAAUUUUUCGAACAAACAAUUUACAUUUACAACUCGAAUUUGUAAAUAGCUAUUGCGAAUAUUAAUUUUUGGUGUUAGUUUUAUUGAACUGUUUUCUGAAAAUUGUACUGAUACUAAUGUGCCUAUAUAAACGAAAAAUACUCCGGUGGAUAAUUACGAGAAAUCUCAACGUAUUAAAUAUACACAAUUAUUUAUACAGUUUAUAUACAAUAAAGUACAAUUACAAUCA